GAGCUGGUGAUUAGGCAGGAGCCUGUCACCCGGACGAUGGCGGAUAACGGCGGCUUCAACACGAAGCGGUUCAGCGGCGACGGGAACGACGGCGCGGCGGCCUACAAAGUAUGGAAGAGGUGGGCCAAGGCGGCGGUAGUGGUGCAGACGGCGAGGAACACGCCGGCCGAGGCGCUGGGCCCGUGGUUGUACACGUUGCUCGACGGCCAGGCGGCGCUGGCGGUGGAGAACGUGGACCUGUCGGAGAUCAACGUCGAGUCGGGUGAGGAGGUGGUGUUCGCUCGCCUCGACGAGCGGUUCCCCGACAAGGUUGCGGCGGAUCGCUUGGGUGAGGCCAUGGAGGACGGCUUCAGCUUGCGGAUCCAGAAGCAGGAGACCACGGAGGCCUACACCUGGCGUGCGCAGCUGGUGUUCGCGCGGUUGCCCACGGAGGGCGUGGACCUCCCGUCGGUCGCGAGGGGCUACCUGAUCCUGCGCGGCGCGAGGUUGGGCAACUUCGGCCGGGCGACGGUGAUGUCGGCGACCCACCUGAGCUGGAACGUGGACGAGGUGUGCACGGCGAUCAGGACGGCCUUCCCGGGGAUCCCCCCGGAGAGGCUCACGCAGGCGGCGUGCGCGGUGGAGGAGGAGUUCGUGGACAGCGAGGCCCCCCCGCCGCCCGAGCCCUACCAGGAGGAGGGCGCCGAGGACGAUGUCACCCAGGAGAUUGACGCGAUCGUCCAGGCUGCGGAGCCCAUCGAGGAGUCAGAUGCGGUGGAGAUCCUGGCGACUUGGAAGCAGACACGAGUGGCCAUGAACAAGGAAAGGUUGGAUCGCGGGCUGAGGCCCGGGUGGAAGGCGCGGCCCCCAGGCCCCAGCGGGCCUACGCGGCAUGACCUCGACAAGCUCGGCCGGCGGGUGAAGUUCUUUCGGUGCAAGAAUAUCGGUCACUUCAGCCGGGACUGCAAGGAGGCUCUUCCUGCUCACGGCGCCGGCAUGGUGAUCGCAGAGCCGAUGGAGCCAGAAGCUGCUGGCGAAGUGCGAGUGGAGAUGGUGCAGCCCUGCCUCGAGGACAACCUGGACGACGAGAUCAACAGCAUCCUGAAGGUCCACGAGGACAACGUGCUGGCGAAGCUCAUCCAGGAGGAGCGGUGGAAGAGGCUGGAGCAUGGGAUGAAGGAGAAGCAGGAGGACGACGACGCGACGCCCGAGGUAAAGGCCACCGAGGAGGGUACGGUCCUAGGGGUGGCGCAUUCUGACGGGUGCUCGGUCCCAGACACGGGGUGUUGCAAGACCCUGAUCGGUGAGGAGACGCUGAUGAAGCACGAGGCGGCAACCGGCAAGAAGGCCAAGUGGCUCAAGGACGUCAGGCCGAUGCGGUUCCGAGGGCUCGACAACGGCGUGCAGGAGUCCAUAGGUGCGGUGGAGCUGGACUGGGCGAUCAAGAACUACAUCGUGACGUUCGCGGUGUACGUGGUGCCCGGUCACUGCGAGAUCGACUUCCUGAAUCGGGAGAAGAGGACCCGGAGGCAGAUGCAUGAGUCGGCGGUGCGCGUGCAGAAAGUGGCCGAGAGCGAGGGCGCUCCGACUUUUCAGUGGGGCGGGGUCGGUCGGGGUUCCUGGGGUCAGAGCCUCGACAAGGCGCGCGGCUGGGACGUGGACAAGGACAGCGACUACGAGGCCAUGUGGCGGCGCAUCAUCGAGGACGAGCCGCACUUCGUGCACGUGCGCCCUCCGUGCCAGAAACUGACGAUCACGCAGCAGUGUGCGCUUUUGGAGCGCCGGAGAAACCUGGCGCAGCACGUCGUGGAAGUGAAAUGGUCGGUGAGCUUCGUGCGCGCGGUCGUGGAGGUGGCGAUCCACCAGAUGGAGCGGGGCAGGCAUUUUGUUUAUGAGACCCCCCUGAGGUGUGCUAGCCUCCAGGUGCCCGUGAUGCGGCAGCUGCUGCAGACGAAGGGCGUGUGCGUGGGAAUUGCGAGCGGCUGUGAGUUCGGUCUGAGAUGCCCAGACGCCCUCAAGCUGAUCAGGGGACACGAGCAUCAGCACACUGAGGGCAUGCUGAAGUGUGGUGUCAAGCGCACGGUGUUCAGCCAGAGGUAUCCCCGGAGGCUGGUGGAGGCCAUCGUGCGAGGCAUGCCGCGGCAGUGCCAGGUGGUGGCGUCCGACCCAGAGGCCGGGUGCGCAGCAGUGCAGGAGGAAGGAGAGCACGAGGUGAUUGAGGAGGGCGCGGACGAGACGCGGGAUGUCUUGCGUCGGCCUCGCAGUUCAAUCGAGAACAGCCUCCGGAAGCUGCGCGUCCAACUGGGGCACUGCAAAAACAACGUGCUGGUGCGACACCUUCGACGCGCGCAUGCCGCGGAGCAGGCGAUCAAGGCGGCCCAGGAGUUUUACUGCCCGGAGUGUGAGGGUAUGAAGUGCCCGAAGGUCGCUCGGCGCAGUGCGCCGGCAGAGGCCCAUCUGCCCCUGAAGUACGUGAGUAUGGAUUGCAAGGACCUGCCGAGCUGGAUCCCGGGCGAGCGGAUCACGUGCCUGGGCAUCAUAGAUGAGACAAGCUCGCUGCGCCAGGUGGAGCCGAGGAUUGGUGCGAAGGAGCAGAACGGCAAGAUCGAGCAUCACAACCAGGUGUUCGAGAUCAUCCUCGAGGACGUCACCAGGGAGGCGCAGCCGCAGACAGAGACGGAGUGGCGCGAGUGUGUGACGGAGCUGGUGCUGGCUAAGAACAGUCUCUUGUCGGUGACCGGGGCGUCACCGAUGCAGGUGGUCUUCGGUCGCAACCCGGAGGUGCCGGGCGAUUUGCUGAUGGAUAGCCCCGACCUGAUCACCAACAGCGCGAUCGUGAAUGACCCGGUCGCGGCGCAGCAGGCACGGAUCAGGGCGAUCGCCCGCGUGAAGGUGCUCAUGCAGCAGGACAUGCUGGCGGCCCGGCGGGCGCUAGACUCUCGACCUAGAGUCGUGGCCAGGUACCGGCCUGGCGACGUGGUGGCGGCGUGGCGCAUGAUGAAGAACAAGGGCAUUCCCAACUAG